GGGAGGGCAGAGAGACGGAAAGAAAGAGAAUGGAAGAAAUAGGUUUGUGUGUGUAUGCGUGCGAGAGGCAGGCACAGUCAGUUCUGAUAACAGCAACAGUAGGAGGAGGAUGAGUGUGGCUCCGCCCCUCUCUCGCAGUUAUAAAUAGGAGCUGGUGUUUUUUGCUCCUCUCACUUCUCUUGAAGGAUGAGGUCCCUGAAACAUCUGAAACAUCACACCAGGAGUAAUGUGGAAGAACAGGAGGUUCCUCUGGUCCGCUGCUAUUCUAAAGUGAUGGAGCAUGCGGUGGAUGUCAGCACUCAGACUGACCCGGUGGUGGUCCUGUCCCUGGCCCAGGCUGCUGUGCUGGGCCUCAUAUCUCAGAACGAAAUCUUCGGAGCCACAAUUGCCCCAAACGGUUUCUACACGGGAGAGGGACGUGAAGGCCCUGCCCCCCCUGCAGAAUCAAUGGAGUAUGAAUAUGCAGAUCAGCUAAUUGGAGCCAAUGGAGACUAUCUGUCCGAGCCUCACGGGGAGAACAGGAGGCCAGAAGGGCUCUACGGGGCAGAGCGCAGGCGACCGGGGCCCCGCGGGAGGACCAAGAGGCCCUUGAGUGAAGGAGAACCGGAGCAGUCCACGGAGAGGUCUCUGGACACAUCGAAUCAGGUGAAGGGAGAGAGGCCUGAGUUCUCUAGCCCCUGUUAUCUCUCGAAUCCCCAGCAAACCGACAACGAGCCAGAAGUGUUGGACCUAGCACCUCAAAGAGUGCCAAUGAAAGAAGAGCAGUGUAACAAAGGCUACCCUGAGUCCUCGAGGGAGCCAGCCAUCCAACAGGUAGACUCUGAGACUCAGUCUCAACAAGGCCCUGUGGGGCGUGGAAAGGCAUUGGUGGAGUCCCUCAAGGAAGGCCGGGGAAAGGAGGAGGAACAACAACAACAAGAAGAAGAGGAGGAGGAGGAAGAAGUAGAGGAGAAAGCACUGAACCUAAAAACUACAGAGGAGGAUGUGAGCCCAGCAAUGAGGCGCUACUAUGAGUCCAGUGUGACUGCGUACGAGGCUGCUGAGAUAGGCCUUCCGGGAGAUUACGGGGAGGGCGGCCAGGCCAUUGCGUGGGCAGAGGGCGAGAACUCCUUGGGUAGACGGAUGCAAAUCGACCGUCUAGAUAUCAACGUGCAAAUCGACGAAUCAUACUGUGUGGAUGUGGGCGAAGGCCUGAAACGCUGGAAGUGUCGCAUGUGUGAAAAGUCCUACACUUCGAAGUACAACUUGGUUACACACAUCCUCGGUCACAAUGGCAUCAAGCCACAUGAAUGUCUUCACUGUGGAAAGCUCUUCAAGCAGCCCAGCCACCUUCAGACACAUCUGUUGACGCACCAGGGCACGCGGCCGCACAAGUGCACCGUCUGCAAGAAGGCCUUUACUCAGACCAGUCACCUCAAACGGCACAUGUUGCAGCAUAGCGACGUCAAGCCAUACAGCUGCCGCUUCUGCGGCCGAGGCUUUGCCUACCCCAGUGAGCUGCGUACUCAUGAGACUAAACACGAGAGCGGCCACUGUCACGUCUGCACGCAGUGCGGCAUGGAGUUCCCCACUCACGCACACCUCAAGCGCCACCAGGUCAGCCACCAGGGCCCGACCACCUUUCAGUGCACCGAAUGCCAUAAGUCCUUCGCCUACCGUAGCCAGCUCCAGAACCAUCUGAUGAAGCACCAGAACGUGCGGCCUUAUGUCUGCUCGGAGUGCGGCAUGGAGUUCGUGCAGAUCCACCACCUGAAGCAGCACAUGCUUACACACAAGGUACUGACACAGCCGGCCCUCAAACACAAGGGUAUGAAGGAAUACAAAUGUGACGUGUGUUCUCGUGAGUUCACACUUUCUGCCAACCUGAAGCGACACAUGCUGAUUCACACCAGUGUGCGCCCUUUCCAGUGCCACAUCUGCUUCAAGACCUUUGUUCAGAAGCAGACGCUUAAAACGCACAUGAUUGUCCACUUGCCUGUGAAACCUUUUAAGUGCAAGGUGUGCGGGAAGUCCUUCAACAGAAUGUAUAACCUGCUGGGUCACAUGCACCUUCAUGCCGGUAGCAAACCCUUCAAGUGUCCUUACUGCACCAGCAAGUUCAAUUUGAAGGGCAACUUAAGUCGACACAUGAAGGUGAAACAUGGAAUCCUGGACACCUCAAAUGAAGGGCAAGAUGCCCUGCCUGAUGCCGAGGGUCAGGAAGAUUACGAGGAGGAGAGCUUUGAUUACAGCGAGAGGGAAAAUCUAGCCAGCAACAACGCACAAGAUUUGGCCAAACUCGCCAAAAUUAGCUACUACAACUACACCAAGGUUGCUGCUCGCUACAACGCGACUUAAGCAGCAGACUGAGACACUAAAAUGUGGUUUAAGGUGGUGAAAAAGACUGCAAUGGUCAUUUCAGUAGUACUCUUGGCUCUGAUAGGAGCCGGUGAGGAAAUAGCCAUCGUGAAGUGGAUGUGCACUGGAGCCCAUUUUGGGUCUGCGAAACUAAAGUGAUAGCCGAUUGAAGCUUCAUUUUAACAAUGUCAUUUUACAUUAGGGACCAUCCUGAAGAAUAAAGGACUGUGUGUGUAGGUGCUGUUCUUUUUGAAACAAAUGUUCCACUUUUUCCCCAUUACAGAAUGUAGUUCUUAAGAAGUAUAUAAUUUCUGAGCUAUGUUCAAUGGGGCAGCGAAACGAUAUGUUCAGAUAUAAGAAAGCACUUAAUCUAGACAGACAAUCCACAGCUCCUUUAAACCGAUAAACCAAGACUGCUGUUUAGACCAUUGAUCUUGUUGGUGGUUUUAACGUCCAGCAAGUUAGAGACCACUUAAUAGGACUUAACCAAAGCUGACAAAGUGCAAAUUGGUCUCAUUACAUGUUAACUUCCCCAGGAUUUAGUUAAGCAUACUGUGACUUUUUGUUAAGAUUCUUCUCCAGCAUUUUUUCAAUGGGCACAUGUUGUUUGUAGCUCAUAGUGGAUUGAUGGUUACUGGAAAGGUUUUUCAGUGCCUAUUUUUUAUUUUAUUUUGGCAUUUAAUCACUGUAUGGCCUUCUGGAUAUUUUUCUUUGUUUUAACAUUAUUGCAAAUAGUAUUUAUUGUUCAAUGUUUCUUGGCAUUCACAAGUGUAAAUACAUUGCCAAUGUUCCAGAUGGGCAGAUUUUAUUUAAAAUUUAAAAUAUAGAAGCUAAGUCAUGGGUUUAGUUAAAUUUGAGCAUAAUUGCAUUAUUUACCCAAGUGCAUUGUUUGGUCCAUCAUCUCUCAAUUACAAGAAUCUUCUAAAUUAUAUAUAUAUUUUUUCCAUCUUUAGUUUGAUGAAUGUAAUACUAAGAUUUGUCCCUUUUAAGUGUUCAAUAUUUCAGAGCAAUGGGUCAAAGAAAAACUUAAAUAUUUUAUCUUCAUAAAUAUCUGAAAUGUCUUUUUAGUUUUGCAAUCUGUUCCUCACUAUUUCUGUGUUCUUGUACUACGUACCAGCUAACUACGUGGACUAAAUUCAUUUUAUUUUUAAAAUGUGAUCUUCUAGCAUCAUUUUUUUGGUGUGGAUUAUACUGCCUUAUUCCAAACCUCAUCCAAUUUUGCAUCCAUUUUAAUCUCCUUUGACAUAAAACCUUGUAACAUACAGCAUCUUUCACAAAGUCACCAAUACUGGUUGAAUUUUGAAGAGGAUGCCCUAAAAACACUGGACAGAAAUAUGAACUGCCCUUGUGUGUGCAAGAGGAUGCCUCAUCCAUCAUUCCGGCACAGAGCUCCAGAGUGAUGAACGACAGUCUGCCGACAUGUGACAGGGCUCGAGACCCAGCCGAGAAUGAUUGGGGAAAUUCACCAUGUAUUCUCCAUCUAGCUAAGAAACUCAAAAUGUUAAUGUGAAAGAUUUGGUGCAUUUUUAUUGUUUUAAAUUGUCGUGUCCUUGCAUUUUGGCCGGUUAACUCCAAGCUAGGAAGGAGUUUGAGUUUUGUAUAAGCUUUCAAUUCUUUUGUUGCACACUGAUGUGAAAAUGAUGUUGAUACAUGUCUGUUAAACGUUGUGCUCUGGACAUUAUUGUAAAUUAAAACAUUUAUUUACCUUUAAA